CGCGACGGUUCUCCAAUUGACCAUCAGUAGCUCAGCCUGCACAGUGCCAUCUUGGACUUCUUCUACGCAGGGCCUCCUUUUCAAUCCUUCUCAGCCUCCAGAUGCUACGCACGUUACCCGAAUGUGCUGCCCUUCGAUCAUCGAUAUCCGGAUCGCCUCGUUUAUUACCGUUUUCUCGACUAUCUUGAUUCUCAAUUCAAGUUCAGAGGGUCUGCUGACAAUCAAAUGGAUAUUCUAGGGUGUGAAUUGUGGGGUAUUCUUUGAGGGAGCGUAAUAGACUAUCCCGAGCGGCGAGGUCACAGGGAUGACUUAACUUCGAGAAUAUAAAGUACGCCAGAGGUCUUCUCCAGACCUAUCCACAACCCUCAUUUACCUUCUCUUACUCUAAAAUGGCGCCCGAAGCAACUCUGAACCAGAAUGACAGUGCUCUCAACGGAGGCGGGCAUGCUGUUGACGGUGCUAGACCAAAAGCCCACGCUGAACUCGAGAAACUGGAGGCAAGCCCAAUCGAUCGGUUCUGGCGGGGGGACAGAGAUGGGAAGAUUAACUUCAAGUCGUCCUGUAUCCCCAAAUUCGAGGACAAGUACCAGGAACGCGACUGGAUCAAGGCUCAUUUGGCCGCUGCUUUCAGAUAUUGGGGGAAACUAGGUUUCGGAGAGGGUCUUGCUGGUCACAUCACCGUCCGAGACCCUGUUUUGACUGAUCAUUACUGGAUGAAUCCCAUUGGAGUUCACUACUCUUGUAUCUCGGUAUCUAACCUGGUCCUGGUCAGUCCAGAUGGAUAUGUUUCUCCCCAUGGCGCACAACUUCCGAUCAAUACCGCAGGUUAUUGGAUCCAUUCCGCCAUCCACAAAGCACGCCCAGACAUAGUCGCAGCUGCUCAUUGCCACUCGUUCCACGGAAAGACCUGGUCUGUCUUCGGCCGUCCGAUCGAGAUUCUUCAGCAAGAUGCUUGCGUUUUCUACGACAAUCUGAGCGUGUACAAUAACUACGGCGGAGUUGUACUUGCGUCAGCGGAAGGCGAGAAUAUUGCUGCAGCAUUAGGACCGACUCACAAGACUUGCAUUCUGAGGAAUCACGGCCUACUCACGCUUGGAAACACGAUUGACGAAUGUGUUUACUUGUUCGCCCUUCUCGAUAAGCACUGCAAACUUCAGCUCAUGGUGGAAGCUGCGGCGGCUAACGGAAUUCCGAUAAUCCCUAUUGACAAAGAGGAUGCAGAGUAUAACGCGAGAUCAGUCAAAGACCCGGAGUUGUUAUAUGCAAACUUCCAGCCCGAAUACAAUCUCCUCAUUCAAGAAACGAACGGUGCUUUCUUGACGUAGGAGAAAAACUAUCUCUGUCAUGUUGUAUCUGUAUACGUGAUUAAAAGGCUCCAGUAUAAACCGCCGU